CUGAAUCUCUAGCGGGCGACUAACCUCCACCGGAGUAAACAGAUUGAGGCCCUAUGAACAAAACCUCCACUACCGAAGUGAAUUCGGUACAGAAUAGUGAGUUGGCUCCUCGACUAAAGUCACCAACUCCCUACCUUCAAUCAAGGAUGCUCUAUCAACCUAGGCAGAUAUUCUCAUUCUAGGUUAAAGCAGAAACAACAGGAAUUUGAUCAGGAUUCAUUCCAUUCAAUCAAUCAAACCUCAAUUGAAUAUAAUCAAAUCAUAGAAUCAGUACUUGGGUUCAUACAAUCAAAGCCUAACAUACAAAUCUAGGGUUCUCCAUACCCAGAUGAAUGGGAGAACUACUCCAUGGAGAAAGAAGCAAAAGCAGAAUCAGACGCGGAAUUCAUACUGUGAAGGAUGGAUUCCUGCUCCUGGACGUUGAUUGGCACUUCUCCAAGCUCAAACUGGCCUCCGAUGGUGAUGAAGAUCAAGCUAGGGCACUUGGAGACUCUUGUUCGUCGCUUUCUCUCUCUAGGAAUCGCUCUAUCUCUCUCAAAACUCGAAUCCCCUUCUCUUUGGCUGAAAAUCUGCUUAAAAGGGCAUCAGUGGCCAAAGCACGGUCGAGGGCACGGCCGUGUAAUGCCUCAGCCCGCCCGUGCUUUGGCUAGGGUUAAUUACACGGAUUGUGUUGGGAGAAACACGGCCGUGCUUUUGAGAGGACACGGCCGUGCUUUGGUGGACACGGCCGUGCUUUCAGCCCGUGUUUGCAGCUUGAAUUUGCCAAACUCAAUUAGCUCUCGGCAGUAAAAGCACGGCCACAGAACACGGCCGUGUUCUGCUUUAGGUGUGCCCGUGUUUUGGCUCCAGCUCGACGAAAUGACUUCCGAAUGCCCCGAAACUCGUGCUUAGCCUUUCCUUUGACGCCUGGGACCUGAAAUAUGACAAAAUAGCACAACCCGGCGUAAAAUAGGCAAAAAAUACACGACUAUGCCCCUCGAACGGAUAAGAACUAGGGGCGCAAAUAUGUGCAAUUACAUCGUUAUCAAUGAGACCCACUCAUUCUAGCCCCAUCCCACAUACACACAGCCGUAGUAUCCGCAAUGGGACUCUGGUGGUGUAAUAUUUGGAUGGAAAACCGCAGUGUGGGAUCUACCGGUAAGUUUAUCCACUCCUCAUAUUGCUGGUUAAAUUGACGCAUCAGGGCAGGGAUCCCAAACUGUCUACCCUCGAAGACAACCCAGUUACGAGACCGCCAGUUCCUCCAAAGGAUGGCAACAACCGCCAUGAAGAGAGGAGGUUGGUCAACUUUUUUAGAAAGAGCGGGAAUGUAUGCCGAGGCAAACCUUGACCAAGAUACUCCAGGCCCGAAUAAUCCCAAAGGGCUCGCGCCACUGGGCAGUAUAAAAACAAGUGUUCCAUUGUUUUAGAUUCAGCCCAACAAACCGGGCAUCUAGGGAGCACCAGAACAUCCUUAUAUCUUAGGGCUUCAGUAGUUGGCAGGAUUCGGUGGAAUAUUUGCCAUAGAAAAACUUUUAAUUUGGGCAGAAUAUCAGCCUCCCAUAAUCGAAUCCAACUGACUUUAUCCAUCCAACUGACCAUAGACUUCCAACGCUCCCUUUGUUGGUCAAGAGAGACAGUAAGAUGGUAAGCCAAUUUAACUGUGAAAAUGCCAUCAACUGUGUUAUGCCAAAUCAGUCGAUCCUCCACAUCCUGACGAGGCAGUGGAAUAGCUUUGAUAGCACAACAAGUAGACGGGUCAAACCAUUGCUGAAGUGUUGUGCUAUGCCAAACCAUUCGCCUUGACACAUCACCUCAGCAACCUUCGGGUCACCCCCUUCCGGCAACACUUGAGGGUUAAACACGAGGGGCCAAGGAUGUGAUCGAGGAACCCAAUUGGAAUGAAGAAGAGAAGCAGUCUGACCAUUACCAAUUUGCCAUCGUAACCCCAUCUCCAACAACUUCAGACCGUAUAAGAUACUUUAUCAACCCCACGAAGGGCGAGAAUGAGCUAUAGCAAUGAGGAAGGUACCAUUAGGAAAGUACUUUCCUUUAUACACCUGGGCUAAAAGGGAAUGAGGUUCAUUGAGGAUACGCCAACCGAUUUCGGCUAACAAUGCUUGAUUGAAAUGUUGAAAUCGACGAAAUGCCAUUCCCCCAUCAUGUUUACUUCUGCACAUAAUACACCAGGAUAUCCACCUAAUCCUUAACUGACCCUCAGCAGCACCCCACCAGAAGCGGGCAUUGUGUUUGUCAAAGAGUCGGCACAGAGACAGAGGAAGCUUAAAACAUGACAUAACAUGCAAAGGCAACGCUAAAGCAAUUGACUUAAUCAAGGUUUCCUUAGCUGCCCAAGAUAAUGUCCUCUGUUUCCUCUACGGAGUCGCUCAAUCAACUUUUCUUCCAAAUAUCGAAAAGUAGCCAUUUUAGAGCGACCAAUAAGCGUUGGGAGUCCCAAAUACUUGUCAUUCACCCCCACCGCACCGAACCCCAGUAUCUGAGCCAAGAAUUCUUGGUCUGGCAAAGCAAUAUUUUUGCUAAAGCAAACUGCCGAUUUAGCCAAAUUCACCCUCUGUCCACUGAGUUCCUCAUAGUCAUUCAAUACCUCAAUUAAAUUCUCACAUUCCUGAAGAGAUCCACGUAGGAAUAUAUAAGAAUCAUUUGC